UAGAGUUUGGUUUGCAAGUUGAAACAGAGGUUGGAAGACAAUGAAGCCAGUUCUAGGAACGGUUGUCUCAAACAAGAUGCAGAAAUCAGUGGUAGUGGCGGUUGAUCGUCUUUUCCAUCACAAGAUAUUCAAUCGUUAUGUCAAAAGAACCAGCAAGUUCAUGGCUCAUGAUGAAAACAAUGAAUGCAACAUUGGCGACCGAGUUAGGUUGGACCCUUCCAGGCCAUUGAGCAAACACAAAAAUUGGGUUGUUGCGGAGAUUCUUAAGAAAGCACGUAUCUACAUUCCACCCUCAGCUGAAUCUCUUCUCGCUGAUUCAAGGAGCAAGUCUGCAGUAGCUGCUGCUUCAUCAUCUUAAGGUUUGAGGACUCAAUUGUGUAGGAUUAAUUGAUUUAUCCAAUUAAUUAUUCCGACAGUAUUCUGCACGUACAAGAGGGAGUGAGAGAGAGAAUUCCAAGAUUGCAGUUCUUAAACAGUUUAAUAAAUCUUCUGUUGUUCAAGGAUUUGUUUUCUUAAAAGCUGUUGGAAUUGAAUUUUAAAAUUGUUUAUCUUUCUACAUGCUACUGCUUUUCUGUUUAUUUAAUCAGAGUAUUCUAAGGGU